ACAUGCAGGAUCCUUACAUCGUGUCUCCAGAGAGAGUCCAGUAUGGCAGUGAUGUCCACAUGACUUGCUACAUCCUGUCUGUGGCAAAGUACAUUAAGUACAUCUCCUUUACCUGGAGUGAGAAUGGUAAAAGGCUAAUCCAUGGAGGAAGAUAUGAGAUAAGGUCAGGGUCAGGGACGUUUACUAACAGCGUGUACAGGUACUACACCAAUACCCUCACGGUUAGUGACACGAGGACGAGUGAUGAAGGAAAGAGAUACAUGUGUCAGGUUGAAGUGGGAGUUGGAGCAGGGUCAGAUUUCUAUAAUACUGAGGAGUACUUACUUGGAACAAAACUCUCACCUUCGACCACCACAACCGCAGCUGAAGGGGAGGAUGUCACAAUAUUCCCGACCUGGAGCGUGACGGACGUUGUGAUGGGUUUCUGGUCUCCUGGCGGUAGACUCCUUGCCACAAUACAAUCUAACAAUAACUAA